AUGCCGGUAAGCUGCAUCAUCUUCGUGGUCCCAGAAGAUGUUCCUGCUGGAUUCGCUACCAUCUAUGGCUUCUCACCACGGCUACUGAAAGUCAACGACCAUCGCUUCGGCUUCGGUUUCCGUCUUGGCAACCAAGCAGACUUCCAAGUCAUGUACGAGCUGGGUCCUCAGAUGUACACCAAGCCUCUGCAACCUGUCCGAGUCCGCUCAGCAACUUACCGUGAGAGGGUAGUAAGGCGGCGCCCUCUGCUGGAGUUCCUGCUAAACCUCGGCAUCCUGAAGGAGACCUCGUACUCCUUCAAUGUGGUGCAUGAUGACCAGUGCAACGAUGAGCCGAGAUGA